UUUCGGCACUGAUGCUUCAUUUCGACACAGGCUGACUGGAGCUCCUGCUUCGCAGACAAACACACAGGCACUCGCAAUUCGUUCAUGCCACCACCAAGCCUUGGUUUCGUUUCACUCUUCUACAAUUUCGGGCUUCAAGACGCCGGCAUUUCGAAAGAAUACCCGAUUGGCUUUUUGCCAGAAAACUUAUGGUUAAACCGCUUGCCUGAGCUCAUAGCAAGGAGACCCUCUUAGCCUCCCUCCCAAACCUUCGCCUUCAUAGACUGUGAACCAUUCUGUGGUGAGAAGAGUCGGCAGCAUUUCGUCUGUGACACCACUUGCGAGCCAAGCAAGAUGUGUAGUCUGCGAGGUUCCAAUUUUUUGAUCUCUACGAGGUCAGCCAAUUUGACACACUCUUUACAAUCUCAUAGAUUCCCCACACCCGCGUUGAGGCAGUUUGGUUUAAGCCAACCGUUGCCAAAGGGUCUCGUCUGUCGGGCGGCGGAUGCCACUUUCGGAGGUGCGGAGAACUUAAAACCACCCGUGUUCCCCAGACGUAAUGUCCGCGACCCAUUUAAGCUCUUGGGGGUGAGCCCGGACGCAUCCGAGGAAGAAAUCCGCGAAGCCAAGAACUAUCUGACGGAGCAAUAUUACGGCCAUGAGUACAGCCGGGAGGCAAUCGAGGCGGCCUACGAGAAAAUUAUAAUGCACAGUUUCCGUGUGCGGAAGGCCUCAAAAAUCAACUUGAAGACCAACUUGAAGAAGAAGGUGGAAGAAUCACCUCCAUGGGUGCAGGCUAUUCUCAACAUGGUGGAAGUUCCAAACAAAACAAUCACUGGACAGCGAGCUGCUCUCUUCUUCUUACUGGGAGUAUGGAGUGUGUUCAACCCUGCAGAAGGAGGACCAGCUUUCCAAGUAGCCGUCUCUCUUGCUGCCUGUGUCUACUUCAUCAAUCUCCGCCUCCAGAGCCUCGGCAGAGCUUUUGUGCUUGGCCUAGGUUCCUUGGUUGUGGGUUGGGUAUUUGGCUCCAUCCUGAUACCCGUCAUUCCUCCACUGCUUAUCCCUAGGACUUGGUCCUUGGAGCUCUCCACUGCUCUUGUUUCCUACGUCUUCUUGUGGUUUUCGUGCACAUUUUUGAGAUAAAAACGGGGUUCAGUUUUUUAGUGAGGAGACAAGAAGGUGGCUCUGUAGCGUGAGACAUUUAUUUAGAGCCUCCAAUAAGAAUUGAGGUUAUUGGGGGCUCCAGCCUUAGUUUAGAGAUGAGCAACAUUCAGUAUGGGCACCUUUGAUUGCCUUGCGAUUGUAUUUGUUGGUUAGUUGUUUUAACUGACAGCCACCACACCGGUUCGACAGAAAUUUUUGAUGUAUUUGGGGAGGGGGUCGGGGGAUGUUUGUUGUGGUGUACCCAAUAUCUCUCCUCGUUUGCAAUAUGAGAUUUAUGGUUUUAGAAUAAUAA